GCAGCGAUCUCGAGCUCCUUUCCCCCAGCGACUGCGCCUGGCACUCUCGUGCCAACACUGGCCCAGUCCUAUCCGUCACGGGCCAGGCCCGUGCAGGCUUGGUCUUGGAGGUGCCACUCGAGGAGCUUCCAAGAGCAACCGAGCAUCUUGUCCUUGCCUCUGUCGGGCGGACAGAUGGCGUUGGAGGAUGGCUUUGCCUUUCCGUGGGGGCCCCGCCGCAUUCGCAGCACCAGUGCACUCGGAGCCACCCCGGCAAGGGCUCUGCACAGGGCUCUAUGCUCCUGGUGCUGUCGCGAUCUCCGAGGGCUUGGCUGCUUCGAGAAAUGGUGCCCAACCUUGGCUUCAGCCUCGAGCAACAGGCAGGA